AUGUCUUCGUCUUCAUCACUACUCAUCGACGAGAGAGAAGAAGUCAUGGUGACUGAGAAAGGUUACAUCUUGAAGAAAACCCAUUUUCUAAAACCGAGUGUUACCUCCAUUAAUGGUGUAGCUGAGCUUCCUCUUCGUCAUCAACGUGUCUCUGUUUCUUCAACGCAGCUAAAUCGAUUGUCUUCAAGGAUUUCUUUUUCUGGGUUUUGGUUUUCAGAUGCACAUUUUGUUUCUUGGCUUGGAAAAAUGGAAGCUUUACACGGAAACAUUUGGAAGAAAGCUGGAAUCUUUGAAGCAAUCAAAGCAUCGACUUACAAUAUCAUUAAAAACCAAACCUUGAUUCUCUCUGUUGCAGAGAAAUGGUGUCCAGAGACAAAAUCGUUCCUUUUCCCUUUUGGUGAAGCUACGAUUACUUUAGAAGAUGUAAUGUUGCUUUUAGGUUUUUCAGUUUUGGGUUCUCCUGUUUUUGUUCCUCUAGAGAGCUAA